GAGGAUAAAAUGUUGGUUAAGCGAUGCUUUGGCGCAAAAACCUGCAAGGCGCAAAGUGAGGACACGUUGGACUUUGGGUCACGUUGGAGUCCAUCAACUCAGACCUGAAGGAUUAGCGUUUGUUGAGAGUUUUUUUUUUUUAGGAUUUCAUUCAGUGGACUACACUUGAAUCCAUUUAAGUAAAAGAUGAGACUUUCAUCGCCAAAGCGGCCUGGAGGGAUGUCCCUGCUGCUCCUGCUAUUGCUCACCCAGAGGGCCGUUUCCAUGGCGAUGCAUCCCAACGCCACGGGUUGGCAGCAGAUCCUGGACAAGUACCUGGAUGAGGAUGGCGACUGGUGGCAGGCCAAGCAGCGGGGAAGGAGGGCCAUCACGGACGCCGACGCCCAGCUCAUAUUGGACCUUCACAAUAAACUCCGGGGUCAGGUGUACCCCCCAGCAUCCAACAUGGAGUACAUGGAAUGGGACACGGAGUUGGAGCGCACGGCAGAGGAGUGGGCCGAGACCUGCCUGUGGGAGCACGGUCCUGCGGGCUUACUGCCGCAGAUCGGGCAGAAUCUGGGAGCCCACUGGGGGAGGUAUCGGCCCCCCACCUUCCAUGUUCAAGCCUGGUAUGAUGAAGUGAGGGACUACUCUUACCCCUACCCUCAGGAGUGCAACCCCUACUGCCCAUUACGAUGCUCUGGCCCAGUUUGCACACAUUACACCCAGCUGGUUUGGGCCACCAGCAGUCGCGUUGGCUGCGCGGUCAACUUGUGCUACAAUAUGAACGUAUGGGGGCAGAUCUGGGCCAAAGCCGUGUAUCUGGUGUGCAACUAUUCACCCAAGGGUAACUGGUUGGGCUAUGCGCCUUACAAACAUGGGACCCCCUGUUCCGCGUGUCCUUCCAGCUACGGAGGCGGCUGCAAGGACAACCUCUGCUACAAAGGUGGCUAUGCCAACCCUCCGCCAGAGGAAAGAGAAGAAAACAACUUUAUUGAGCCCGAGCAACCCCGUACAACACAAAAGAUCCGGCCCCGUGUUUCCAGACCAGAGACUCCCAGUCUUCCUGCUCCCGCCCCCACCAAGCCCCCCACAGAGCUCCUGCCAAAGAAUGAAGUGGUCAACACACAGCAGAUGUCUCAGCUGGUGACCUGUGACACAAAGCUGCGAGAUCAGUGCAAAGGAACCACCUGCAACAGGUAUGAGUGCCCCGCCGGAUGCUUAGAUGCGACAGGGAAAGUGGUCGGGACGGUUUACUAUGAAAUGCAAUCCAGCGUGUGCCGGGCCGGUCUACAUGCCGGUGUCAUAGACAAUGACGGCGGGUGGAUGGACGUCACAAGACAAGGGAGGAAGGACUUUUUCAUCAAGUCCAACAAAAAUGGAGUUCAGUCGCUGGGGAAAUACCAGAGUGCUAAUUCAUUCACCGUCUCCAGAGUAGCAGUCAACGCAAUCACAUGUGAGACAACAGUCGCACAACUGUGUCCGUACCAAAGGCCUGCCAAGCACUGCCCGAGGUUAUACUGCCCGAGGAACUGCUUAGAAGAGAACCCAAACAUAUCCAGAGUAAUCGGCACCAGAAUAUACUCCGAUAAAUCAAGUAUUUGCCGGGCGGCGGUCCACGCGGGGGUCAUUCGGAACAGCGCAGGUGGUUACAUCGACGUGAUGCCGGCGGACAAGCGGAAACUCUACAUGUCCUCCAAGCAAAACGGCGUGGUCUCAGAAAGUCUUCAGAAUCCGGCCGGAGGGAAGGCGUUUCGGGUGUUCGCCGUGAUUUGAGUGACCCACCCCACCACCCCCAACCACCUCCUCAUCCCAUUGAGGGCGGCGUGCCCAAACAGACGGCGCACUCCGGCGCUAAUCAAAGCCUGUUGUCAAAGUCAACGACUGAAACCUUUCUAGCCUUUGCUACGUGGGCAAGGAGAGGGGCGGAGGUCGUCUCCAUGACAGCAUAAACAAACACUUGCCACAUAUAUGAUGAGAGGAAGCUGUCAGGACUCAGCCUCAUAAUAUUUAGCCAACUGUAAAUAUAUGAUAGCAGGAACGCUUUGCUCAUCUACUGGAUGUUUUCUUGUCCAUCGUGCUUUAUCGGAAUGUGUGUGCCUUUUCAUAUUAGGUGCUGCAUAUUUAAAACAAUGGAUUUCAUGAGAAAUAUGAUUCAAUAAAUGACAUAAUUUUUCCAAAUACAUGUAUUGUAUAUAAUUACAAAAUACCAAAAUAAAAAUGGCACUUAAUCAAGUCGGGUACAUUUUUACUGGUACUCAUGUCAUAUUUUGUACUUUUUAUUUUUAUAUAUAUGGGCAACAAAUUUUAAUCCCUCUAUUUUUAUAACGUAUCACGUUGGUGUAUAAAGAAUGCUGCUAUACUGUAUGUGGUUAUGUACAGCAACUAUAUAUUAGGUGUUUUCCUCUCCCUGCUGGCAGGAAGUACAGUCAACCUUCAGAGUGUUUUAUUCAAAUGUUUGACGUCGUUUUGUUUCAAUAUGCAUUUGUUUUGUACCCCUCCCCUUGCUCCCAGAAUGUCUCAUCUGCAACACAGAUAAAAGACAAACAUGAUGCUGGUUAUAUCGCAUGCAUUAUUCAUGGCGAUGCUGCACGUAUGGCUCUCAUCUGUCUGGCUAUCACGCUUCAUUUCACUGGUUUCUCAGUUUAUUUUCCUACCUCAGGUUAUUAGGAAAAACUCAAUAAAACACUA